GGGACCACUACAAAUCUGCCUUGGUGACUGCAUUCAGCAGCCUGUCAACACUUCAGGUUAUGGAGUAACAGUGCUUACGGCAAAGCAGGGCUGUGUGGUUAACAGAGGGAGCGCUGCCCCCUGGCUAAAGACCUGGCCUCUCGUCCCAGCUCUACCGCCGACAAGCUGUGUGGUGCUGGGCGAGUCCCCUUCUCUCUGGACUCAUCUUAAUCUGUGAGGGGAGGGCACGAUUCUCUCAGAGCUUGUAGGAUUCUGUGCUCUUGUGGCUGUGUGGAGUGGGGGCACACACUGAAGUGGUGCCCUACCCUGAAGUGGUAGGGGGAAGAGAAGACGCUCGUACAGAGGCACACAGCAGGAUUUAAGGCAAUGUGGUUCUCAUCUGGGGGAAAUUUUGCCCCCCAGGAGACGUGUCAAUAUCUGGACACACUUUUUUUUUUAAGAAUUUAUUAUUUAUUUAUCUAUUUAUCUAUCUAUUUAUUUAUUUAUUGGCUGCGUUGGGUCUUCGUUGCUGUGCGCGGGCUUUCUCUAGUUGCGGCGAGCAGGGGUUACUCUUUGUUGCGGUGCACGGGCUUCUCAUUGCAGUGGCUUGUCUUUGUUGUGGAGCAUGGGCUCUAGGUGCGCAGGCUUCAGUAGUUGUGGCUCGUGGGCUCUAGAACGCAGGCUCAAUAGUUGUGGUGCACGGGCUUAGUUGCUCCGCAGCGUGUGGGAUCUUCUGGACCAGGGCUCGAACCCAUGUCCCCUGCAUUGGCAGGCGGAUUCUUAACCACUGCGCCACUAGGGAAGCCCUGGAGACACUUUUUGUUGCCACAACUGGAUGGAGCUCCUGGCAUCUCGUGGAUAGAGGCCAGGGAUGCUACUAAAGAUCCUACAAUGCACAGGCAGCUCCCUACAACAAAGAAUUAUCCGGCCCCAAAUGUCAGUAGUGCCAAUGCGGAGAGAAAGCCUGCUCUAAGGGGGUCAGAUUCCAUCUUUUGCUCCUCUACUUUGCAGUGGCCUUUGCAAUUCCAGGUAACCUCAUAUUUGGUUCCUUUCUGGAUCAACCCUCUUGCUAUUGAAGAAACAGGAGUUUAAUUCGCUAAGUUGUGCUGAAGUUAUUGGCUGAUCUUCAAAUAAACAGUGGUGACCUAACUAGUGUAUGAGGGUUCAUUUAGAGAAGCAGAACCACUAGGAGUAUAUAGUCUGCCAGUCUGUCUACCUAUCUAAUCUAUAUGUGGGAUUCAUUACAGGGCUUUGACCUUGCUCAAGUAUGGCAGCUGGUACAGUCUCUGGAAGGUUUGUCCUCAUGUCUGGUGGUAGAGCUAGAAAUCCGUGGGGAAGGGAAGAUGGAUAAAAAGUGAGGGGAGAGGGAGCAAGGAUGAGCUGGAGCCCAUGAGGAUGCACUGGAACCCCUGCCAGUUCUCACCGCCGCCAACCUGAGGAAGUGGAUGACCUGCAGGGGAAGCUCACUGGCGGCCUUUGUCACACAGCUGAACACACACCUGGCCCAGGAGCGUGAGAAGCUACAGGAGGAUCCCAGGGAAGGUAUAGCAGUUGCGGGCCCGACUGCUGCCCCAUAGCCACAGCGCCGCCCACAGACAGCGAAAGUGCCCGCCCAGCCUCGCAAGCACAAAUGGCUGCUGCACUUCCACCUCCAGAUCCUGCACGGAAACCUCUCCUGUGGUGGCACACCCUAACUGGAAACAGACAGGGAAGGGAAUGCUGGAAAAUGUAGUUCAGCCUAGCCAACUCGACGUGUUACAAAGCCACAAGCAGCAGAUCCCCAUUUUUGAGAAUGCGAGAUGCUGGUUUGGAGAUGGACAUGCUAGAGGACCUUGAGACACUGCAGUUUGAGUAUGGGAUUCAAGAGGAAGACCACAGCUGGCUGUAUCUGCUGGGCCGUUCUCAUGGGCUGAUGACCAAGGCCUGUGCCCAUGCAACCUUCUUCUGCAAGCUACUCCAUAAUUUGAGAGAAUCAUUCUCCAGAAAAUCAUUACAGGAGAAGCAAACUUCUAGAUGUCCCUUGACUGGACUGCGUGAAGACACUCCUGAUGACGAUGAGUUAAAGGUGGGCAUCAUUGGAGGCGGCCACCUUGGGAAGCAGCUGGCUCAUACACUGCUUCAGCUUGUCCCCAUCCCAACUGACAGCCUGAGGAUCUCCACUCGGAGGCCAGAGGCCCUGGAUGAAUUCAAGAAACUGGGAAUCCAGUGCUUUUACCAUAACUCUUCUCUGGUGGAGUGGGCCAGCGUGAUAUUCCUCUGCUGCCUGCCAUCUCAGCUGUCUAAUAUCUGUGUAGAAAUUCAAACCAGCCUUGGAAAAGCCUGCAUUGUGUACAGCUUUGUAGCUGCCGUCCCACUACCCAGGUUGAAACUCCUACUGAACCACACCAAUGUCUUACGGCCUCAGUAUCAGUGUGUUGAAGAUCUUGCCAGCAUCUGGGGGGCCAAUAAGGAAAUCACAGCUGCUCUCCAAGACCCUGUGAUUCUUCAGGCUACCUGUCCCUACAGUCCUGCUGGGGGAAUAAUCCUCAAUAUCAAGUGGUUGGAGGGAGUGUUCUAUGCAGCCAUAAAUGUCUGCACGGCAAAGGACAUGCCCCACUCACAAGUGCUGCAGCUUCUGAAUGAACUGUUCCUCUCCAAGCACUUUGAAGCCUGUGAGAAGGACAGAGUGUCUUUCCAAAAAUUUCAAGCACAAGAUUUUGUCAGCAAAGCCUAUGCCAAGAACCUGUCUCGGAAAAGGCCUUUCCCCUGGUUUGAUCUGACUGCUGUGCAACUCAAGGAAACUCCCUUUAGCCAAUAUCUCUUACACAGCACUACUUUUCAGGACAACCUUACCCAUCUAUACUGUGAUUCAUUUGGCAUCACCCUAACCAAAGAACAAGAGCCAGAGGUUUCCACGGGUUCUUCAUCCCAAUAA